CUCUUGUCGGUGCCUAAGCUGAGCAGGCUGAGGAGAGCAGCCCUCUUCCAUGCCUCACAAUGAGGCAGUGUGUCCACCGUGAAGACAAAGCAGCAGGAUGAGACGAGGAGACUGGAUUUGGUUCAGGAUCUAGAGAGUUUUGCAGGAAUGCUGUGGAGAGAACUGCUGAAGAAAUAGAUCCUAAUCUAUGUAGAGCAAUCUACGACCACAACAGGAACUAGACACAAGACUUCCAGUUCCAAAGCCAGGGCUCAAGUAUGAGGACCAAGUAUGCAGUCGUCUUCAUCUUUGUUGUGGCUCUGGUCAUUAUUGAAAAAGAAAGCAACAUUCUUUCCAGGGUCUCGGAUAAGCUGAUUCAGAGGCAGACUCCACAGCUGACCUCUCAGAAGGACAAUGAUACAGCACCAAGGAGUUCUGUGGAUUUAUUAGAACUACUGCUUGCCCAACAACCUCCUGCGACAAACAACAAGUCUGAUUUCAUAGAAAAGGAAAAAGUGGAUGAAAUGGAACAUGUUAGUUCACAAAGAAACAGUGGCGGUCGCAAGCAUGUGCUGCUCAUGGCCAGCACUCGGACAGGAUCCUCAUUUGUGGGGGAGUUUUUCAACCAACAUGGAGAGACCAUGUUUUAUUUAUUUGAGCCUCUGUGGCAUGUUGAGCGCAUGCUGGCUACAGCAGCAGAGGGGACCAAUGGGACUCUUUUGCCAGGAAUCUAUCGGGAUAUCCUCCAGGCUCUCUUCCUCUGUGAUUUCUCUCCUCUGGAGAAGUUCAUCUCUCCUUCACCAAAGAACCACGUCACACCUGAUCUGUUUCGCAGAGAGUCAAGUCUAUCUCUCUGUGAAGAACCUGUUUGUACUCCUGUGGUCAAAGAUGUUAUUGAGAGGUAUCAUUGCAAGAUUCGCCAGUGUGGACCACUGAACCUGACUCUUGCAUCAGAGUCCUGCCUCUCCAAACAACACCAUGCCAUAAAAGCUGUCCGUGUGAGACAGCUAGACACACUGCGACCUUUGAUGGAAGACCUUCGUCUGGACAUCACAGUUAUCCAAUUGGUCCGAGAUCCAAGAGCCAUUUUAGCUUCGCGCAUGGUGGCCUUCUCUUCAAAAUACAAGACAUGGAAAGCCUGGGCGCAGGACGGCCAGGUUCCUGAAAAUGAUGAAGAAGUAAAGAGACUUAAAGGAAACUGUGAUCAAGUUAGGGUAUCUGCAGAACUUGGACUUAGCAAGCCAAAUUGGCUUAAAGGGCGUUACUUGUUGGUGCGGUAUGAGGAUAUCGCUCGUUACCCAAUGCAAAAAGCUGAGGAGAUGUACAAGUUUACAGGGAUACCUUUCAGCUCCCAAGCAAGGGAGUGGAUCCUGAGGAACACACAGACUACAGAGGAAGCCAGUGGAAUAUAUUCCACACAGAAGAACUCUUCAGAACAGGCAGAAAAAUGGAGGAUUAAAAUCCCCUUUACACUUGUUCAGGUUGUGCAGAAAGUGUGCGGUCCCACCAUGAAGCUGUUUGGAUACAAAUUUGUGGAAGAUGAAAAGACAUUAAUUAAUAAGUCUAUCAGUUUGCUUGAAGACAAACAAUUUCCAUAAUCAAAUACAGUUUUUUACAAAACUCAACCCAACUCAAAAUGUAUUUAUAAAGCACAUUUAAAACAACCAGUGUUGACCAAAGUGCUGUACAGACAUCACAGUUGCAGGAAAUAAGGUAAAAACUUAAAAACUAAAAUAAUAAAUCCUUAAUCCAUACUCAGUACCUACAAAAUUCUUGUUGGAAUGGAGGCUGUCUCUAUUGAUCAGUAGGUGAGAGGUGCGGUACACCUUACACAGUGUGCCAAUUCAUUAGCUCUUUGGUGAGCUGUACAAAUCAUGCACAAGAAAUUCUCACUUAAGGACAAUUUACUUAGCUCGGAUUAUGUGUCAUGCAAGAUUUUGUACCUAAAGAGGAAGCUAAGGGAGAAUAUGAAAACUACAUAUAGAAAUCUCCUGGGCAAGAUUUCUUGACAGGGUUACGUUACUCUGCGGUUGCAAUAAAAUAAAAAAAAUUACACAAGUAUAAUAUUAAAAAUGUGCCUCCCUUUACCAACAAAUUACCUUUAUUUUAUAGGCAACAACUUUACUGUGCACUGAAAUCCCUCAGUUGCCAGUCAUUUGAAUUGUACCAUGACCCUUAAAUAUCAAAUUAGACGUGGCUUAUUAGGGGUGCUGCAUGGAAUGUAGGGCUUUAAUGAAAGAGGACAGUAUUUUUAGUGGUAAGCAAAAUCUAUAUGGUAAUUUUGGAAAGUGUCUGUGGUAGGAAUGUCCCUAAUACAGAUUCAAAUUGGUUAAGAGUAUACAUUUGGCUACAUAGCUAUUCGACUCUUAAGUGGUAGUGGAAGUACAUCUACCCUAAUGAGUGGGUUCUGAUUAGUGCAGGCAGUUAAGAGGGAGCUAGGACCAGGAAGCAGUAUGCUUUUUAGUACAAAGGCAGUUUGCAUAGGGACCUCCAGAUGUCCCUAGGCGCAGCUGGGGGCUAUAUUUGGCAACAAUCAUUUGUGUGACGGACCGCAUAGUCCCACUUCACUGAUUUUAACAAAAUACAAUUUUUUUUUGACAUGUACUGUGUGACACACAUGCAAGUGUCCUCGCCUAAGUAUGUUAUGGGUUUUAUAACUGAGAGCUUCCGUCGUACUUUUGGCUCUCCUGUAGGAUGUAGUCCCAAUUUGACCAGUGUCGGUCAUGUGCAUGUCCACCAUGUAAAGCUGAGGGCUCCCUGGGUACAACACAGCAGUCCGCAGUUCCUUUUGUGUAGAAAAAAAAUGCAUUUUCUUAAUAAUGCUAUUUGGAUAUUUCAUGUUUUAUAGUGGCAUGGUGAAAAUCAAUUAAUCCCAAGUCACAUUCAUAAUACUAAAAGAGGUAUUCAGAUAUUGUACUUACAAGUUCAAUAAUAGGUCUCCAUCAGUUUUGAAUCCUAGGUUUUGUUUUAGGUCUUGCCACGGAGCAAACACUUUGCUCCAUUGCUCACGCUUCUGACAACCCUGUCCUAAUCCUGUGGGUUUGUUUUGGCUGCCAUCAAGCUGAACCUCUUACAGAGUGGCAAGACUGCUAAAAACUUGCAAAUGAGGGGGAGGUGAAAUACCACUCAAUUGCAUUAUCAAUAUUUAGACGACCAUCCGUCUUCUCCCACUCAUUCUGUCAGAGUGCUGAAGCUAUUGCCUAUCUCCAGAAGUCUGUGGGUGCAAUGAGGGGUACACCCUGGACAGGCCAGUUUGUCAAAGGCGAACAUGGAGACACACAGAGACAUACGACCAUGCAUACACAAACUCACAUGUAAAGAUAAUUCAGGCAAGCAGGUUAAGCUAACAGUCAUGUUUUUAGACUGUUGGAGUAAGGCAGAGUACUCGUAGAGAACCCACACAUGCACGGGGUGAACAUGCACACUUUAUGCAGAAAAACCCUGGACCAGGAGUCGAACCCAGAAAUUAUUUCAGCUUAUUCUAUGUCACAAAACUUUACAAAAUGCUCUUUUGCAAUACUUUGUAAAUAUAAAGCAACUUUGGACUUAAGAGAUUGAAAUAGAUUUAUACACAUUAAUUUUUUAUAAAGAUAGGAAAAACUAUACAUCGCUUACCUCAGAGGGCUUUUCAGCUAUCUAUGUUUCCGAGCAUCGACUGGUAUUUUUAAGCCUCCAAGGGAUUGUGAGGCUUUAUUUAUUUUCCACGUUUUUUUUUUAUGUUGCUCUACUCAUCAUACUAUCUAGAUAAAAACCUACACCAUUAAAAGAAAUACUUAUUGGAGAACUGCUGUUUAUGAAAUUCAGUUCGUGUUAGUUGAUAAAAUUAAAUUUAACACAUUUUAGGAAAAUAAACCAACAUAGAGUAAUUUAAUCAUCAGAAAUUUUUUUUUUGUUGUUGUUUUUUAGGCGAUAUGUGUGAUGUGUGCGUCCUUGCCUAAGUCUGUAUAUCAUUCAGUGAAAUACAGGUGGUGUUGCAUUGGUGGUCCAUAAAGGUAACUACUGUGACUAUGAUUCAAUGACAGCAUUGUGUUCAGCUUGGCUGGGGCUCAAGUAAUGCUACCAUGCUGUCAAGGAAAGAAAAUGUGCUUCAGGGAUUCUUGUAGAGUGGACCUAUCCUCACUUUGUGUUUUUAAAGCUGAAACCUAUUCUUAAAUAAAGCAGUUUUUCAAAGGUAUCACUUUAAAAAUGUGUUUACUUUCUUUUGGAUUCAAUGAUAUCUGUAUUUUUUCUAUUAAAAUGAGUCUCAGUCUUUGUCUUGUACAUCCAAAAGUUUCUUUUUUUAUUCAAAAUUUGGUUGAAAGCAUUUUUUUAUUGAACAAAUAUCUACUCUACAUUUUGUUUCAUUUACAAAGCAUUGGUUGGUUCCAGCUCAAACCUAUACAAAGAACAUUUCAUCAUGUUUUCAGUGUUUUCUCACUUUUGUUUUUGCUAGUAAAAUGCAUCAAUCUUGGUUUUUACCAAGUUUGUCUCAUUCUUGUUUCUUACAUCUCAUGCCUUCUUUUACUGAGUGUUUGUUAUAAGUAUUAUGUUAUGUUUAAUACAUAAAUAGAAGUUUAAAAGAAAGGAGAAGCAUUUUUAAGGAUGGUUUUCUUGCAAGCAUGAAGCAAGCCAGAGUAUUAUUUGCUAGCUGCGUGUACUUUUAUUUGACACAUUUUUACCGAUGAAACAAGAUGUUAAAUAUCUGAACCUUCCUUAUUUAUUAGAGCUGUACUUUUCUAAAAUGUAU